AUGGACGCCGGCGCAUCAACCGCAGACGCGCCGUCCCUCCCAUGGCGGGCAAUGUCCAGUGUCACCAUGUGGGGAGUAGCUGGGCUAUGUCGUGGCUUCUUGUCAGCAUUGAAUAAUGCAGAAGUUCAUGGCGGUGAGGCAUUCACAGCGCUGUUGGACUCAAGGCAGGAUGCGUCGCAACGGACGAAAGGUCUCAUCACGGUCUCAAAUCACAUUAGCGUUAUGGAUGAUCCGUUGAUCUGGGGAUUGCUCCCCAUGAGAUAUUGGAACAAGCGAUGGUCCUUUGGUAGCCAUGACAUUUGCUUCCAGGGAAGGCCUCUCUCGCUCUUCUUUGCACUAGGCCAGGUCCUCCCCACGCAUCGCCUCGCACACUCGCCUUUUGGCGGACUCGGCCAACCCGCAAUUACGCAGGCCAUUCGAAUGCUUUCCAAGGGUCCCUUCCCUGUCGACCACCAUCGCGCAAAACCCGAACGGCAACAUUUCAGCCUUGAGAAUGUAUGCGUCGAUCCCUUCUCUGAUCUCUCCGUCGCAUACACAACAAAUGGCGAAGACUCACACAUGGGCCCCUCUGCCUAUGCUUGCAAUUCACACUCUUGGGUGCACAUCUUCCCCGAGGGCAAGAUCCACCAAUCGCCCCGCAAAACCAUGCGCUACUUCAAAUGGGGCAUUGCACGUCUCAUUCUUGAGGCAGAUGAAUGUCCCGAUGUGGUACCCAUGUGGAUUGAGGGCUUUGACCAAAUCAUGCAUGAAAGCCGCGAAUUUCCUCGAUUCCUCCCUCGUGUGGGAAAGAAUGUCAGCAUCACAUUCGGCUCCAAGGUAGACAACGAGAAGGAGUUUGGAGAGAUGCGAUCACGCUGGCAGAGGCUCAAGGCCAAGAUUGAAAAAGCAGAUGCUCAAUCUCGAGACCUGCCGCUUGGAGUGUUGAGCGACGAGCUUUUACAUAACAAGGAAGUGGUCGAGUUGCGCAAGGAAGUGACUCGCAAGAUUCGCCGCCUUGUUCUCGACGUCAGACGCUCCCGUGGGCUUCCUGACGAAGAUCCUAAGGAGGGUUUAGUUGAAACAUGGUUAGAAGAGGGCCCGGGUCGAGAGGGCCACAUGAAGGAUGACUCCUGGGUUCGUGAUCUAUGA